AUGAGUAGAGUAAGUUGCAUUGUUCCGGCAUAUGAAAUCGCCUCCGUGCAGUAUCCUCCCCCUUCCCACACAGCACGCCCCGACGUCACUUGCUGGAAGCCACCGAACAGUCAGCCUUUGCCACGGAAGAGGUGUGCUGGCUCGGAUCACCGGCAGGCAGCGACCCCGGCCCGCCAGCCCAUACCCCGCGGAAGCGGUGCUGCCCCUGCCAUAUUUUUGGAAACUCGCAUAUUUGGCAGCAGUAUCAGUCGUACAAUCAGAACAUGCCUUCCUUCAGCAAUCUCAUCAAGAAGGCAUUUCCAGCAGUUAUAUACAGUCAUAAGGAAGUAUCGGGUCAAGGUCAUAUCUGUUUGCCAAAAAAAGGAAUAUGGAUCUACUCGAAGUGUUGUCCGUAGACUUGGGACAAUUCUUUCCUUAGAACCCUACCCAAGACCUUAUUUUCAACUUGUUCAAGACCCAAGUCCUUUCGGUUAUGAUGAACAAAGCACAGCUCCAGCUCCUGUAGCUCCAUCACUUGCUGAUGUCCUGUGGGUGGCAAAUGAUGAGGGACAAGCAUUUACUAGACUUAGGACUGAAUUACGGAGAAAAGAAAAAAGUACGGCUUGUCGUGACGUGACUUCAUCUAUAGAUUCAAUACAAAGUGUUCAAAAAAACAGUACAAAAAAAGACAAUCUUGUUGAUCAGGCAGCAUUCCAGAAAAUUUCUGCACUUGAAGAUGAGCUAACCUUUCUUCGUGCUCAGAUUGCUGCGAUUGUUUCAGCGCAGACAUUGGGAACCAUUCCGCCACAAGCCUUUAAAACAUUCAGCACUCCAGAUGGAUUUUACCCAGUGCCAGCCAUGACUUCUACGCCAUUGCCCGUCUCUCAGAAUCACUUUGUAAUUCCCUCGCCUCCUCCACUUCCUUCUGGUGUACCAUCUGGUGCUGAUGCUAGUAAUUCGGCAAUUGAACUUAUAAAACAACGUCGUGCUGCAAGAAACAGUGGUUCAGCUACAGCUGAUAGUGCUGAUCACCAGAGGACAAAGAACAUUCCUAGUAUGAUGGAUGUUUUGAAAGACCUAAACAAAGUUCAGUUGCGAGCUAUUGAGAGGUCACCUGGAGGUACUCCUCUUUCUAGACCCAAAAAGAGGCAAAGUUCAGAUUGGGAUCCAGUUGCUCUACUAACUCAUGCACUAAAGCAGAAAUUUGCACAUAAAAAUGAUGAAGAUGAUUCCCUGGACAAAGAAAAUCGAUCUUUUGAUAGCUCCCCGUUUUCUAGUCCAGAGAUCCCACUGGUUGGACGUUGCAGUCUGAAGCCAAAUGCAAAAUCUAGCCUUAUAAGAAGUGAUGAAGUUAAACAGGUAUCGACAUGGAAAGCGAGAGCACAUAUUUAACUGAUGGAGACUUCUGAGGAAACUUCAUAGUGUGUAUAAGUGGCGGCUCCACUUUGAAACUGCUCUAAGGUGCUGUAAUGUUUUCUAGAACAUGUCUCUCCUGUGCUGUUGAAGUUUGGGUUGUAGGGUUUGUAAAAUUGCCUCUUCCUUCUCCUUGGUUUCCCAGCAGCCAAACUUGUGAAUGCAAUGCACCAACCAUAAAAAGGUUUUUAUUGCUAUGGAGCAGUGUGUUUGAAACUGGGAAAUGCAGGAAAUAAGUGUGUGUGAAAGAAAAAUAAUUAUUGGUGUGGCAGCUGAGGUGUGCACUCUGUUUGCACUUCAGUGUAAAUAAUGAGGAAGUGUAAACUUUUUGUUAGUGUGUUCUAUAUAACUGACUAUAUAAUUAAUGGUAGCUAAUACUGUUUCAUUAGAAUGGUAUAGUUGCCUCAGUUUUCUUUGCAGCUUGCUUACGCAACUCCAUAUUCCAUGUGCAAACAGUAUUCUAACUUAUUUUGGGUCAGUAGAUAAUCUUAUGUUUGUGAAAAUUUGUCGUGCUGUAAGUAAACUGCAGGUUUUCUGUAAAAUGCCUAUAAUAUGGGGGAGUUGUGUUCUGAGAUAAAAAAGACCUUGUAGAGAGAUCUGCUAGCACACAGUCUAAAUUCCCUAUGUAAAUAAACAUUAACUCCCUCCUUGGCUUCUCCAUAUGAAGUCUGUUUUGUUCACAAGAGUUUAUAAAAUAAAACUU